AUGGGCUCUCAAUAUGCCGCUCCCUUAGGCGAUGUUCGAAAUAUCCAGACCAAUGAUAGUGCAGAAAAUGCCCUUAAACAAGAUGCGACUAAUGAAAUUCAUAGAUCCCUAAACAAUGCGUCAUCAGUGUCAGUGGCCAGGGACCAACAUCAAUCUCUAGAAGAAAAAUCCCUUGCCCCGGCUAAACCUUGCGUCCUAUCCUGCCAAAUGAACAAUACCUCAAAACCUCAUACCGCGACCUCGACCUCGAUGCCGCACAACCCGGCACUCGAGUGUGUUAUCCCCCGCGAUAGCUCACGAGGGUCAGCACCUCCUCCCCCACUACCACCACAUCCCUUGGGGAUUGUUGGCUGGGUUGCUCGCCAGGAAAAUGUCGGACCUACAACCCAUUCGCCCCUGGCAGAGGUUGGGUUUGCAAGCUUUGCACCUAGUCCUACAUUUCCCAAGGCCAGCAGUACUGGGUUUCCUGGGCUGGCCUCGAUGCAGACAUAUUCCCCGGCUGGCGUGAUCAGCUCCUUUGGAAACAUAGAAGGAUGUGCAGGGAUAAUAGCUCGUCCAACACAUAUGCUAUCGGGGUGCCCUUGCCCCCAAUCUCAGACAUCUCAAGACCACAACGCCGUUCUUGGGAUGUCCGGGAGCAGCAGCGUUGAUGGCGGCCGCCAUAAUGACUCUGAAUCCAGGGGAAGGCUGGAAUCUGACCUUGCUGAUGACGUGCUGGCUGCCGCUGCGGCAGCAGCUGUCGAGGAGCCCCAGCCUCAGAACCUAAAAUUUGGGGACUUGGAUGUUGACUCUAUUGAUCUCAACGCGGCUGUCUUUUACUUUUGGUGUUCUAUCCGUCGUGGCCAGCCUGCUCCCGCAUUUCAGCUAUGA